AUGCAACUGAGAAGGGAGGUAUUAGAAAAAUAAAUUGUUGAAUUAAAAUAAAAUAGUUAAUAAGUUUCCUAAAAUAAAUAACAUGAAUAGCCUAGAGAUUCUAAGAAUGAAGAUAAACAAUCUGAAAUUAAAACACUUUUAAUAAACAACUGUGGAUUAUAAAAUCAAAUUAAAUAAGAGUAACUAAAUUAAUAACAACUCAAAACUUAAAUUGCUAAUCUAUAAAAUGAUAUCAUAUUAUAUCAAUAAUAAAAAACAUAAAUAGAGUAACAAUUAGGUCAACAAUAAAAGUAUAAUUAAGAGUUGCUAAUGUAAAUGGAGGAAUUAACACAAAAUAACUUAGAUUAAUAAGAAUAAUAGGCAAAUGAAUGGCAAAGUCAAUAUAGUAUGCUAACUCAAAAAUAGAAUUAAUCCGACCAGAAUCUAAAUCAAGCACUUUAGAUGAAUAAAGAGUUAGGAGUAAGAGUUCUAGAGUUGGAAUAGAAAUUAGAGGAGGAAAUAGAUCGAAAUUAAUAAUUAGUUGAGGAAUCAAAGAAGUAUUCAAUUGAUUCGAAACAAAAAGAAGUUGAAAUCGGUCAAUUUAAAUCGCAAAUAUAAAUGUUAGCUUAACAGCUUAACAAUCUCGAAAAGGAGAAAUCAGAUUUAAAGGCAAUUCAAUAAAAUGGGUAUGUUUAAGAGAUAUAGGAAUAUUAAAAUUAAACCAGGCAUUUAGAAUAAGAAAACUAAGUGUUAUAAGAAAAGUUGAGGUUGCACUCAAAUACUUGUAUUUAGGAAAUAUAAAAAUAUUAAUUAAAAAUAUAAUAGUAUGAAAAUGAAUCAAAAGAGAAUUAAAAUAACUAAAGAUAACUCAACGAUAGGUUACAAGAAACUUUAAAAAAUUUGGAAUAGAUCUAAUAAUAAUUACAUGAAGAAUAGUUUAAAUCUCAGUAACUAAUGAAAUAGUUAUCAAGCUUAUCAGAAAAUAAGAGUUCAUCUUAGCCUAAUUAGGAUUUUAUGGAUCUAUUCGACGUUUAAUAAUCUCCAAGAGGUUAACAAAUAGGAACUGUUCAAUUACCUGAAACAAGCUAAUCAGAAGAGUAGAUUUCUGUAUUAUCAUAGUAGCUCCAUUUAUUAUAAUUGCAAAUAAAAUAAUAGAAUUGGAGUCUAGAAGAGAAAGAUAUAAUUAUUAAUGAAAUAAAUCAACAGAAAUCAUAAAUAGAGAAUAGUUGGAAUAAGUCAAAAGAAGAAAUAAAAAAAUUAGAGGGCGAAAUCUUUGAUUUGAAAUAAGAAUUGCAAAGUUUGGAUCAACUAAUAAAAGAUAUUAAUCAUUAUUAAUAAAAGAUAUCGAAUUAAUAAUAGAUCAUUCAAAGUCUGUAAAAAUAAAUUGAGGAUUUAUAAAAAGAAUCAUAGGAAUAAGAAUAUAAACUAACUAUCUAAUAAUAAAGUGAAAAAUAGUUGGUAAAUAAAGAAUUGUUAUAAUAAAAAGAUGAGGAAAUUUUGAAAUUAUAAGAGGAAAUGAAAAAUAUUUAUUAAAAGGUAGAGUAAAGAAUGAAUAAGUCUGUAAUUAGUAAUGGAUCUAAAAGGAGUUAAAAUAUAGUGAAAUUUGAAUAGUUUGAAGAUUUAGAUGAAAAUGAUGUUUCUGUUGAAUCAAUGGAUGAGGAAUAAAUCCUUGAGAAAUUUUAGUUACAAAAAGUAUUAAAAGAAAACAAUGAUAAAAUUAUUCUGAAUUAACAGGAAUUAAAAUAAAAGGAACAAGAGAUUUUAGAUCUAAAAGAAGAAGUUAGUAGAUUGAAAGGAUAAUAAUAUAACUAAUUUUUGAAUAGAUAAGGAGCUGGUCAUAAAAAUGAAGAGAAUAAUAAAGAAAUGAUGUAAAAAUAAUAGAAUGAAAUUUUGGAUUUACAAAAAGAAGUCGAAAUUUAAAAUUAAAUGAUUUAAUAGUUGUUAGAUGAAAAAAAGUAUUAAUUUAUAUUUUAACCAAGACUUCUUGAAGAAAUCAUCCAAACAUAAUAAAAUAACAAUUAAUCUAUCAAGGAGCAUUCUCAGUUUAAUGAAAUUAAUGAUUGGUUUAAUUGA